AUGGGCGAUUUCUACGUGCGGCAGCAGCGCGCCAGCGCGCCGCUGAUCAAAGAUCCAUUACUGCUGCAGGUUACCGACAAUGAAAGCCAGCUAGCCUCGAUGCUGGCACACGAAAUCUCACACGUGACCAAGCGCAACGCACCGCUGACCUGGGUAGGCACUCGGCUCCAUUUUGCUGGCUAUAACCAACCUGACUGCCGGCAUAGCAGCGCUCAGCGGUACCGUCGCCGGUACCCAGCAAACGGAUCAUCAGUUUUGGCCAGGUCAAAGAAUAGGAGGCCGAUUGCAUCGGCCUGUAGGUGCUGGAGCGCGCCGGGUUUGAUCCACAGGGAUGCCCGACUUCCUGCAAGAGCUUUCCGAUCAAUCGCGCUACACCUCCAAGGUUGA